GGGAAGAGAGAGAAAUGUUGCACCCUGGAAUAAGUCGAGGAGAACGAAUAUGCCCAUGUAAGGGCAGCAUGGAUGUUCAAAAGGCCGUGAACAGUGCAGCCUUGGGCUGCAACGGGGGGCUGCCUGCCCUGCCGCCGCGGGGAGGACGGCGCUAGUGGUCUCCUAGCAACGGGCCCCGGGCGGGGCGUGGUUUUCCUCCGGCCACGCCCCCUCUUCCUCCUCGGCCUGCAUCCAUGGGGCCCGAGCCGGGCUCGCGGGCGUCGCUGCAGGAGCUGAAGCCCGGAGGGAGCCCGGAGGCAGGCAGCUGGUAUUCCCUGCUCCUGCCCGGGGAGAGUCCUUGUGCUCGUGUGGGCCAAAACUCUUUGUAUCUGCCACCCACAGCGCCCAGCAGUGGAAAAGGGAAAGUCCUCAUUGUCGGGGGAGCAAACCCAAGCGGAAGUUUCUCAGACUCGUAUGUCAUUGAUCUUGAUGCACACUGCUGGAGAGCGCCUGGCUGGCAGGGGCUGCUGCCGCGGUACGAGCAUGCUGCUUUCAUCCCUGCAAGCCAGCCCACAAGCCUCUGGGUGUUCGGAGGGGCCAGUGAAACUGGGAACAGGAGUUGCAUGCAAGUUUUGGACCUCCAAACUGGAACUUGGAAGAGCCCAAAUGUGAUUGGCACUCCACCAUCCCCUCGCACGUAUCAUACGUCCUCAGCAGCGAUUGGGGACCGAUUAUACAUCUUUGGAGGAGGCGAUAAAGGGGUGGAUCCAGUCAGAGACCAGCAACUUCACGUAUUUGAUUCAGCUACGCUGACAUGGUUGCAACCAGAGGUUCGCGGCAACCCUCCUGCUCCUCGCCACGGUCACGUUGUGGUGGCCAUCAAGAACAGACUGUUCAUACACGGUGGUUUGGCUGGUGAUACCUUUUACGAUGAUCUGUUUUCCUUUGACAUAACCGAAAUGAAAUGGGAGCCGCUGUUGGCCACAGGAUCUGUCCCAGGAGGGCGGGCAGCCCACUCAGCUGCUGCUUUUCAGGGCCAUUUGUACAUCUUUGGCGGAAUGGACCCAACAGGAGAACUGGACACAAUGUACAAAUAUCACAUAGCAAAGGGCUAUUGGACACGAUUGGAGUUCAAGACUCCUGCACCCCCCGCUCGUCUAGAUCAUUCUAUGUGCAUCAUUCGUUGGAAAGCGCCUUCCAGUGAAGACAACAGCAGGAAUGAAGUAGCUGAAGCGUCUGAUGCAGACAAUCUGUCUAAAAGCUGCCCUGAGGAACACCUGUGCUUAAUAUUUGGUGGAAUGGACAUUAAAGGGGAGAUCUACAAGGAUUGUGCUGUCACCCUUCUUGAGUAAAACAUUCUUAACCAA